AUGUCAACCACAUCUACAAAGCCGGUUCUGCAUUACCUGGAUAUUGGUAGUCUAGGUCGAGGAGAGGUUGUCCGAUUGUUCUUGAAAGAUGCCGGCAUUGAUUUUGAAGACGUCCGCUAUGCGUAUGAUCAUACCUGGCCUGCAACCAGUGAAGAACUGAAAGGAAAGGGUAUUACGAUUACGGGAAAUGUCCCAGCACUCGAGUACAACGGCACUAUUUUGACACAGCACAUUCCAACCCUGCGAUAUCUAGCCCGAGAACUGAAUGAUUAUGACGGCCAGACAAGUCUCGAGAAAUGGGUCGUCGAUGCCGUAGCUGAUAUCUAUAUAGACUGGAGAUUCCAAUGGGUUGCCAACCUCAAGAAUGCAUCAGAUGAGUACAAGAACAACCACGUGCCGAAAUACUAUAAGAUCAUAGCGCACUAUUACUCGCAACGUGGCGGCCCUUUCCUCCUAGGUGACAGGGUUACCUAUACAGAUUUUGCAGUCUAUCAAUCUAUUGAAAAUGAUCAGAAAACUGGUACUCUUCCGGAAACCCUGCCCAGUGUCAUUGAAACGUUCAAGAAGGCUUUUGAGAGCCGCCCUCGUGUCAAAUCCUACCUUGAAAGUGGCCGCAUUGCGAAUGUUAACCAGUAA